UGUACGGGAACUUUGGUGGGAUCUGCAAUCUCUGAACUAAUCUUCUCUGUUCAAUAAUAAACUAACGUUGCUGAAGACCUUGAUCAUGGCGAAUAAACAGUUAGGGCAGGUAUGUGACGGGCGAGUACACAACGGAUUACUGUAUAUCUAAAAUACACAGUGAUAAUAAUUCUAAACACAAACCAUGGCCUGAAAUAGAUUUGGAUACAUGUAACAGUGAUUAGCAUGAACUGUUUUUUCUAAAGCCCAUUUUGAUUAAUUGCAUCAACCUUUCUCAACAGAUUUUUAAAUAACUCUAUAAAACCACUAUCUCACACAUGUAUAUUUUAUAUAUAACAUAGCCAGAAAACAAUUCUAACAGUACCUGAAUUCUGUGUAACAUCCAAAUAUUUUAUUAAUGCUGUUGUUACCCCAGGGACACAACAGAAAAAGCUGGAAGGUUCGGCUGUUCGUUCUGAGGGCAGAGCCUGGUUACCUGCAUUACUAUGAUCCCUCCCGCGACGACCAUCGACCAGUCGGAGGAUUUCCACUGCGGGGCUGUCUCGUCUCGGCACUCGAAGACAACGGAGUUCACUCUGGAGUGAAGGGGAAGCUGCAAGGCAAUCUGUUCAAAAUAAUAACUCAGAACGACAUCCACUACUACAUCCAAGCCACCUCCAAGGAAGAGAGGCUGGAAUGGAUCAACACCCUCAAGCAGCUGACGUGUUAGCAGGACGAGAAGAUGAGUGUGUAAGGAGCAGUAUUGUGUGAUGGUAAAAAGUAACUUGUUAUGGAUGUGAAAUAUCCCAGUAAUCAUAACUAGAUUCACUUUGUGUCGUUUUCUGUUUCUGUCAUCGCAUUCUGGCCUUUACUUGCCUAUAUGUCUUGCUGGUGUUGUCUGAUGUAUUUCUUAAAUCCAUUGCAGGCUAGAUGUUGAAGGGGGCAGGUUAAUGGUUACACUGUGGUGUACCAAAGGCACUUGGAGAUUAGACGUGCAUUCAUAUAGGAGUGAUGUGAUAGUUAAGACUGAGAGCAGCCCUGUUGCUAGCCUCGCUUUCUUUAAGGAAUACAGCCCAGUAUCUCCAAUAACUGCAGCUGGAAUCAGGAUUACUUCUUGGUAUCUGCCCUGAUUAUUUCGCUAUGCAUUCUAUGAGUGUAUAAUUAAUGUGUAAUGCUCACACUGAAUGAGCAGCUGUAGAAAGUUUAAUAACAUAUUUACACAUAUACAGAAUAUACUCAUUUUAUAGUCCAUGUUUUGUUUUGUAUUGUCUCUCUGUACACUGUCCUAUGAACCAGUGGUUGUAGUUCAUAUUGUAUCCACCGUCAAAUGCUUUUAGUGUCGCUUCAAUGGGGCCGAGCAGAAAUAGUGACAAUGAAAGCUGACUUCAUAAGUUGAUAAACCUGCUAAAACAUAUUUUACUGUGUGAAACUCCACGUACAGUACUGUUGUGAUCACAAUACUGUAUUUAUUAUUCAAUGUUCUAGCAUGAUGAACAUUGUAACACCACACAUGGCAGAACAUUUCAAUAAACACCUUUAACCUGCAACUACAUGUGAGCUCUCCAGUUGUGGGCUUGCAUUUCUCCAAGUCAUAACAAGUGGCGUGGAAAUCACUGAUAGAUACUGAUAUUAUCAGGAGUGUGAUUAUAAUCAAGUCAUAUGGAGCUGGUGCCUAUUGACUCCUAUUAUAUUAUCAUUCUUCUGUCAAUAUGUAGAUAAGCAGAAAAGGACAAUCAUAACUGGAUUCAUUUUAAACAGGUUUGACUGUAUAUGUGGUCAUUGUAUAUAUUUUGUUGUAACAGAUUUCUCUGUUUGUUUUGUAUUACAUUAUAUGCACCUUUCCACAAAAAUAA